GACUCUACAUAUUGCUCUCUGAAACGCUCCGCUCGGGAUUGAUGAAUAGAUAAGCAUUUGGAUCUUGAUUUCAUCUUGUGUUUGCACAUAUGUAAACAAAGCGAAGCCACUCGGAAAAGGAAUAGGAAUCGAACGAGCUACCCCUCAUCUCAUCUUGAACCGGGCUGGUGGUCCUACUCAAAUCUAGGAUCGGAACUUCCUAGCUACCAGUAAUUGGCGAAAGAACAAACAAUGCCAGCGCAUGCAGAUAUCCUGGCCCAACUUCCAACAACUAGUAAUCCUCUUCCUAGUUUUUCUGUUUGUGAAAGAAUCCCCUCCAAACAAAGCGCUUUCUCUGGAAUUUCCAACAAACUUCACACUGUCACCUUUGCACCUCCGCACAUAUCUUCCGCGCUUUGCGCACAUACAUAGUACGCGCACGAGACGAACAAUAACAAUCAAUAACAAAAUGGCAUGGACAUGUUCGGGUCGUACGAAUGCGGAGUUGAUAAACAAUAUGUGGAAUGCGGGUUUGAUUCAUAGUGAGAGGAUCAGAGAGGCUAUGAUUUCCGUAGAUCGCGCUCACUAUACACCCUCCGAGUCCCUGGCCUACGAAGACUCUCCGCAAUCCAUUGGCCAUCAGGCCACCAUAUCCGCUCCCCAUAUGCAUGCCUCUGCUCUCGAAUAUCUACUCCCAUAUCUGGGAGAGGGAAAAAGAGUUUUAGACGUAGGAAGUGGAAGUGGAUACCUAACCGCCGUUAUGGCUGAGCUUGUACUUCCCUCCUCAUAUUCACAUUCCUCACGUCGAAGCCCCGCAGGAGCAGAAGCAGAGGCGCAAGGGAGAAAGUGGAAAGUGGUGGGAUUGGAACACAUAAGAGCAUUGCGGGAUAUGGGCGAGACCAAUGUGAUGAAAAGUGAGGAAGGAAAGAAAUGGCUGAGGGAGAAGAAUGUGGAAUUUGUGGUUGGGGAUGGGAGAGAGGGAUGGAAAGGUUCAGAUGAGGAGGAGGGGUGGGAUGCCAUACAUGUUGGAGCCGCGGCGAAAGAAAUCCACGAGGCAUUGAUUGAGCAGUUGAGAAGUCCUGGUCGAAUGUUUAUACCGGUUGAAGAUUCUCAAAGAGAACUUGGCGGUCAACAUAUCUGGGUCGUGGAUAAAGAUGGGGAAGGAAAGGUAUCAAAGGAAAAGUUAUAUGGGGUGAGAUACGUUCCGUUAACUGACAUACCGAGGACGGCUUUUGAAUUGUGAUAGAAUUAUGAUAUCGACUAUCUGUGAUGGGGCAGGACCUGUGAGUAGUAGUAAAUGAUUGAUCAGGCGGUGGGUCGGAUACGGAGACGUUCCUGAUAUGGAUCAAUGCCUUGCUUUGAACCGUAGCUAAAGCUAUUUACAAGUCGUACGGAAAGUUAUUGGGGGAAAAUGGAGGUGACUCCCCAUGCAUGAAUAGGUAGUAGGCGUCAGGGUGUGCUCGGAAGUAAUUAAUCUUGCAGAGAUAUCUUGAUUUGAACUCUAAAACUCAGAUCUAUGUGACCACAUACUCGGCAGUUGCACUUUACAGGGGGAUAUGAUGAGAUAUAGCCACGGUGAUGUUUAUUUCGGAGAGGAACACGACGAGGAGAAACACGAUGAAUGGCAGGGUGGGUGGAUAAGCUUAGAAUUGGGAAGAGAAGUGCA